GCAUUCUGAUCUUGCACUCCAAAAUAGCAGAAGCGAAGCUUCAUUGUUCGCCUUCGGUAUAGACACAUCGUAUUACCUUGUCAACUUCCUCAUUAUAGCCCGUCUCCCCCCAGUUUCUCUCCCCUUUCCACCCUUUCCUUCCUCUUGCUUUCCACGUCAGCAACCACUGUGAUGCCGGCAAAACGUCAGCUUGGCAGACAGCUGGCCAACGUUGGUGCCCGCCUGUGCCCCAAAUUCGGCCGAAAGCGCAAACCGAAGAAAAGCCCCAUUGCAGAAGCGACAGAACAAAAGAGCUCGACGCAGCAGCGGACGACACGAACCGCCCCACCGCUCGACGGUCCCCGAGCAAGCUGCCGCAGGAUUGCCCCAAGGGACGGGGACGCCGCGGAGCUGCCGACGACCUACUCGGAGUCGGAGCCCGAGACUCAGUCAGACCAUCGCGACUGCAUCAGCUGCUCAUGUCAUGUGUGUCUCUGUGUGCAGGAGUGGAUGCAGCACAGGAAAGACGAAGAGAAAGCGGCCGACGAUCUGGAAGAGCAAAUCUCGCUUCAAAAGUGAGCAUACAUACACACCCACACAUAUAUACACACAACACAACCAGCUGAGCUGGUUGAUGCAUGGCAUGCAAGCAAUGAUCGUGUCGGAUCCAUCAGGGACUACGCGAGUCGAUUCGAGCGCCUGCAGCAGCUGCGUGCCAAGCGGCGGGGCGACCCUGGACAAGCACAAGACAGCCAGCCAGACAAGCAGCAAGACAGACAAGCAGUGGCACCAGCGGCGCCACAGAGAGGGCCGGCGGUGAUGCAGCCAAGACGGGCAGACCAGGAUGAGGACGCUGACGAGGACGAUGUGGACGCCCUGCUGGACUGGCGGAAGAAACUGGUCUGAGCCAACCAACACAUGUAUGUGGGACUGAGUUGCAUGAAUGGAUCUGUCGGCAGCGAUCUCUGACCAGUCCUUUAUCUAAACGCGCGCAGCAACGCUUCACUUCC